AUGGACCCACAGACGCUCAUUACUAAGGCCAAUAAGGUUUCUUACUAUGGCAACCCUACGAGUAAGGAAUCAUGGAGGUAUGAUUGGUACCAACCAUCUAAGGUGAGCUCCAAUGUGCAGCAACCACAACAACAGCUAGGGGACAUGGAGAAUAACUUGGAGAAAUAUCCAUUCAGGUAUAAAACAUGGUUGAGGAACCAGGAAGAUGAGAAAAAUCUACAGAGGGAGAGCUGUGAGGAUAUAUUAGAUUUGAAAGAAUUUGAUAGAAGAAUACUGAAAAAGUCGUUGAUGACAUCGCACACUAAGGGUGAUACAAGUAAGGCCACCGGUGCUCCUUCUGCUAAUCAAGGAGAUGAAGCUCUUAGUGUGGAUGAUAUAAGAGGCGCUGUCGGUAAUAGUGAAGCCAUUCCUGGGUUAUCUGCGGGAGUGAACAAUGAUAAUACAAAGGAGAGUAAAGAUGUGAAAAUGAAUUAA